UUUGGAGAUCAUCCAUAAUCGGGGCAAUAACAAUCAUGUUCCCUUUACAACGGAGUGGUGAGCUGUUCUUUGGAGUUGGUUCAAAGUCGUCGACCAAUUCCCACCACCAGCUACACAGAAUCCCCCAAGAUCUUAUUUCCUCGGACCUCCAUGAUCACUAUGACGUGGAAAGCAGCGGUGCCCUCGAUGCUAGUAAUAUCGGGCAACGCCGCCGCAAGGCUAGCGUGGUAGCAGCUUCUAGCAAGAGUGAGAGUGUCGGGGUUGAGGAUGAGAGCACGAGGAAGAAGAAACACCGGGAGAUCGAGAAGCAACGGCGGCAAGAAAUGGCUAGCCUUUACGCGGGGCUUAGAUCCCUUCUCCCUCUUGAAUACAUCAAGGGAAAGCGCUCGAUAUCGGAUCACAUGAACGAGGCGGUGAACUACAUAAAGCACCUACACGUGAAGUUAAGCGAGCUGAGUGACCACCGAGACAAGCUCAAGAGAUUGUCGAAGUCAGUGCCGUCCAACUCUAGCAGGGCGGAUUCGACAGACUGUUCCCAGAAUUGCGUAAUUGAGGUUGUCCAUCUAUCUGACGGAGACGACGUGGAGAUAAUCAUAAGCAGAGGGUUGAAGAAGAAGGAAGAGAACUCCCCCCUGUCAAUAGUGCUGGAGUUGCUCAGUCAACGAGGGCUCAAUGUUGUCAACUGUUUCUAUACCAAAGUGAAUGAUAGAACCCUUAAUAGGUUCCACUGCAAGGCAACUGAUGCUAAUUCCAUGGAUCUCGAAGAGCUACGGCAGAUACUUGAAGCCGCGAUAAAUUAGCAGUUCUUGGUAACAACUAGCCAUGGCUUUCAAUAUUUGGUGAUUCCGAAGGUGCCAUGUCCGCUUCUGACUGAUUCUUUCAUGGCCUUGCAUUUUAGUGAGUUCAUUUCCUUUGCUCGAACAGAAGUAUUUGGUGUCUUUGUGGUGGCAUACGUGACGGUGAGAGAGACCAGUCAUCAGUUAUGAACGUUGUUAUCGGAGUCGGAUAAUAUGUACAAAAAUUUCCAAUCACUAAUAACUUCUUUCACCGUCAAACUUAGACAGCUUGCGGAUACACGAUUGCAUGAUAAUCGAAUAUCAUCCUUUUGCAGGGUGUGAUGAGUGUUGCAAUAUAAAUAGUUUGCAUGGCUUUUCAUCAUGUACCCAAAAGUUUGAUAAUAUACAUGCAUUGCAUUGUAUUUAAAACGGUGUGUAUAUAUCGUUACACGGUUUCAUGUUGUUUCCCCAGAUUAUCUUUUUAAUGUUGUCCAUAUUAUUAUGACAUAACUACAUGCUCAAUUUGAGAGCUAGCCAGGAUACUAGUAGAGAAAUGACUAGCUCGUCUUUAGGUAGAAGAAUCCUUUUCUAGCUAGUCUGAUCUCUUUUCCUCUGGAAACAUGCUUUGUUUCUUACUAACAUAAAUAUGUUUUCGAGUUUUUCCGAAACUGAGAAAGGAAAAUAGUUCAUAGAAAAAGUUACAAGUUAAUUUUUUUCUCCCCCUCAUUCUUAUAUAUACGUUCGAAAAACUCAAAAAAUUUGAGAGGCUAAUAAGGAUUAAAUGGAAUUCUAGUAUGGCAACUCAUCCAAAUUCAUCCCGAUGCUUCCUAUUACAUAUAAUUUUGUCACAGGCAUGGUAUUUUUCAAAAUCUAAUAAGAUAAAUGUGAUAGGUAAGCAGUAGAGAGUUUCUACAAUUGAUAAAUGUACUACGGUAGCAGUAGAGUCUACAUUUCUAUAGUUCUUAAACAUUGCCUAGAAAUAUAUUUGUCUGGGUUUAAGAUUGAGUAUUUUGUCCACUUCCAGCCUUGCUGAAUCCAAAUUAUUAAUAAAAAAUUCCUUACUCUC